UCGUGUCGGACCGGGGGCCGCAAUUUGUGGCGCGGUUUUGGAGGGCAUUCUGCGCUCUCCUGGGUGCGUCGGUGAGCCUUUCGUCUGGGUUCCACCCAGAGACUAACGGGCAAACCGAGCGCACAAAUCAAACACUUGAGAACACUCUCCGGUGUUUGGCAGAGGCAAAUCCUACAACAUGGAGCCGGUUCCUGGGGUGGGCUGAAUACGCACACAACACCCUGCGUAACGCUUCCACAGGAUAUUCUCCGUUUGAGGCUCAGAUGGGGUACCAACCGCCGCUAUUUCCUGAGUUGGAGGAUAACAUGGGCGUGCCGGCUGCGGGGGCUUUUAUCCGGCGUUGUCGAGCCACCUGGAAGAGGGUUCGGGCAUCGCUGUUACGCGCCAGCGCCAAUCAAAAGAGGCUGGCUGAUAGGCGUCGUCGUCCGGCCCCAUCUUAUCACGUGGGUCAGCGGGUGUGGUUAUCCACCCGGGACCUGCCGCUGCGGGUGGAGUCCCGGAAGCUCGCUCCUCGAUAUGUAGGGCCAUUUAAGAUCAUCCGCAAAAUCAACCCCGUCACGGUGCGGUUGCAGCUCCCGCGGGCAAUGAGAGUGCAUCCGACCUUUCAUGUCUCCCGUCUCAAGCCUGUUCUUAUCAGUGCGUUGGCUCCGGUGGAAGAUCCUCCACCUCCCCCGCGGUUCCUGGAGGGGGGCCCGGUUUAUACGGUGCGGCGCAUUUUGGCUGAGAGACGGGUAGGCAGGGGUAAACAGUACCUCAUUGACUGGGAGGGCUAUGGCCCGGAGGAGCGGUCAUGGGUCCCUACUAGGGACAUUAUGGACCCAGAACUGAUAAGGGACUUCCACAGACGCGGGGCUGAGGGUUCGUCUGGAGCCGCCCCUUAGAGGGGGGGUCCUGUCAUGGUUCUGGGGUGUAGUGGCCUUGUGCUGCCACUAGAGGGCACCUGGCCUUUGAGAAAUUCUUAAUGUGUUCCAGGUGUCUGAUUUCUCAAUUAUUUUCACCUGGGGAGGUGCCUUUAUAAGCACUGCCAGAACACCCAUCUGCGCUUCUGUGUAAAACCUCAUUAUCACAAAGCCGGUACGACAUUAGGUAUAGGUGCUCGUUGGACGAGUUACAGAAUUGUGUUGUGGGUUGGUUCUGUGUCCUGGGUUAAGGCGAUUCAGUCUCUUAGCGCUGUGUGCGCAUUCUGACGCCUUAAGAGUGUUCAUACUUUUCUUUUGAGCUCGUGUGAGCCGGUGGGUAUUGGGACGUUGUCCCUGGUGUGUAUUUUGUUUGCGUUUUUCUGAGCUGCGUCUCAGGGU